AUGUCGGAGGAAAGACCGUCGAAGGACGUGAUAGCCGGGGCUGUUGGUGGUUUAUUUAACGUGGUAACUGGUCAUCCAUUAGAUACAAUUAAGGUUCGAUUGCAAGCAAUGCCACAUGUUUACAAAGGUACAUGGAAUACGACUAAGAAACUUGUUCUGCAGGAGGGACCCUUUAGUUUGUACAAGGGUAUAACAGCGCCUCUUGUAACGGUCGUGCCAAUAUUUGCCAUUGGUUUCCUUAGUUUUGGAUUAGGUAAGGAACUUGUUUCCGAACCGGAUCAAGAAACUUUAACCGGCAAGCAAUUGUUUCUAGCGGGAAUGUUCAGCGGUGGGUGCACCUCGCUUAUUUCAGCUCCUGCGGAACGUAUCAAGUGUUUGUUGCAGGUACAGCCGGAAUUGCUCAAGGCGAAGGGACCUAAAAAAUACAACGGUCUUAUGGAUUGCGCUAUCAAACUAUGGAAAGAGGGCGGGAUUCGAAAUCUGUACCUCGGCACCUGUGCCACCUUGCUUCGCGAUCUACCUUCCACAGGAUUCUUCUUUUUCUCGUACGAUCUAAUCUUGCGAAAUCUCACCAAACAAUCUGAGAAAGUAACACCAUGGCAGUCACUGAUAGCAGGGGGCUGUGCAGGAACACUGAACUGGAUGGUAGCGUUACCCAUUGAUACUGUGAAGUCGAAAUUGCAGACGUCAGCUUUGGGAAGGUAUCCACACGGAUUCAGAUCAGCGUUUUUCGAAGUGGUGGAAAAAGACGGCCUGCUUGCACUUUACCACGGGAUCGUACCUGUUCUGCUUCGCGCAUUCCCGGCGAAUGCGGCAUUCUUUAUGGGCAUCGAGAUGACCAAGAACAUCUUAAACGAAUACGCGCCGUGGAUUUGA